AUGUCGGGUUGCACGAAUCAUAAUAGCAUGGGAAGACAGGCCGUACAGUGGAUCCAUACCGCACACAUCAAGGAAGAUUAUUUAGGUGCUUAUUCAGGCUGGAACUGGGACACACCUUACUGUGGCACUCUGGGACUAAGCUUUCCAGACCAUUAUCUCACUAAAGGACCCGGCAAGGAGCCUUCCAACUCUGCAUCAUAUGUUCUCCCCUCAGCCUACAGCUCCACCUUCAGUGACUCAUCCAGCAAGUACACUGGUUCGAGCAUUACAGACAACAAGGACAUAGUUAUGCAGGACACAGAGUACAGUGGAAUAGGGAUUCCCUACUCCAGUGCACGGUCACCUGCACAGGGAACAGAGCUUUUCAAGGACAAGGAUGUGAAGCAGGCAUUUCGUGAUGGUGCAGAUGAAGGACAGAUAAUGGGAAUACUGAAUGAGAGGAAGGAAUGGGAGGCAGCAGGCCACGGCUUGUGGUGUUUCGACACGAAAACAGAUUGCUUCUCUUGCAACAUAGGACUUCCUGAGGGACAUACCUGCACUGCCAACAAGCUCAACGCCAUGGUUCAGGUUGAUUCUGUUGAGGCUCGCCCACCUUCUCUUGAUGCUGCUAUUCAGGUUUCCCCCUCCCAUCACACUUCCUCAUCCCAGACCACUCCACCUCUUCUUGUCAAUGUUGAAGCUCAAGCCCAGCUUAUGGAUUUGCCCCCCGCUGCCACCACUGCUCCUACCUUGGAUCCCCCAGCCUUCGAUUGGUCUGACGACACCACCUCCAUACCUAUCGUCCCCAUAUUCCCUAAAAACCAACCUUGCCGUUUUUCGGUCCUGACCACCAUUUUGGCCACGUUGAGCCCCACCAUUCUUCCCCAUCUCACAAACUACUCCUUGUCAACGCCUCUUUCCAGUCUCGAACCCCACCACACUGCCAUUGCCAUCAACCCCAUUGAAGAUUCCUACACUCGAUUCGGAAUCCGAUCCACGCCUCUUGGAUUUGAGUCAAGCUUUGAAGGCACUUGGUUGGCAGCUGGUGACGGGGACGUCACCUUAUGGGAAGGGGGCAGAUGGAAUAGGGAUUCCCUACUUCAUCAGCAUGUGAGGUUUUUCGGUCCUGACCACCAUUUUGGCCACGUUGAGCCCCACCAUUCUUCCCCAUCUCACAAACUACUCCUUGUCAACGCCUCUUUCCAGUCUAAGAUCCAAAUUGAAUGUGGAACAUGUGUGCUCAGAGAUGUGUGUAGCCUUAAUGAUUGGUCAAAGUUAAUUGAUAGCGCGAAGCCUUAUCAAUUCACUCAAGAAACACUGCUUAGUUCAGAGAACUUAAGAUUGUCAAAGUUGGGGUUAAAAAGUAAGAUGUCCUACUUCCUGUAUUUCAGUCUAUCAAAAUACAAGUACAAUACCACUGAGAAAUAUCUAGAUCAUUCCUACACUUGUAUUACCAUAUUUGGAUGUCCACCCUGGACUCUGAACACAUUAUCUAAUGUAAUCACCACCAGUGUGGACAUUGUCUAA